AUGAGCGAUAAUACUGAGCGUGGUGAGGCAUAUACAGAAGAUGCCAGCCCUGAUGACUCAGGUCGAAACGACACUCCCCGCAGGGGUGUGCGCGAAUGGCUGACCGACCUUUUUUCGGAUGAGCCUGAAGACCUGUCUGAGUUAAUGGAAAUUCUGCGCGAAGCAGCAAAUCGACAAAUGUUCGACGACGAAGCGUUGAACAUUAUAUUUGGAGCAUUGCAUGUGGGCGAUAUGCAUGCCCGCGAUAUCAUGAUUCCGAGAUCCUCUCUGGUUGUUGUGCGUGAAGAUCAGGAGCCUGCUGAGCUGCUGCCAAUCAUUAUCGAAUCCGAACACUCCCGUUACCCGGUGGUGGGUGAUGAUGUCGAUGAUAUUAAAGGCAUUCUGCACGCUAAAGAUCUGUUGCCACUGGUGCUGGAAACCGACCACAGUAAAUUUUCCAUGAAAGACUGCAUUCGCAAAGCUACGGUGAUCCCCGAGAGCAAGCGACUGAAUGUGCUCCUGCAGGAAUUUCGCGCAACGCGGAAUCAUAUGGCGCUGGUGGUGGACGAAUACGGUCAGAUCUCCGGGGCUGUUACCAUCGAAGAUGUGCUUGAGCAGAUUGUUGGUGACAUCGAAGACGAACACGAUGUACAUGACGACAGCGGUAUCAAACAGAUGGAACCGCAGAGCUUCCACGUGAAAGCCAACCUCCCCAUCGACGAUUUUAACGAGCACUUCGACACGCAAUUCAGUGAUGAAGAGUUCGACACCAUUGGUGGCAUCGUGCUGCAGGCGUUUGGUCACCUGCCGGAACGGGGUGAGACGGUUGAAGUUGAGACACUCAAGUUUGAAGUGCUGAAUGCAGACUCGCGUCGCUUGCGCCUGUUGCGGGCCGGUCUGGUGGCCUGGCUGUUUGGACUUGGCCAGUAUGGCGUUGGGGCUUCCUGGGUGUACGUCAGUAUUCAUGUUUAUGGAAAUGCGCCACCACCGCUGGCCUUGUUUAUGGUGGCGCUUUUUGUAGCGGUACUUGCCUUGCUGUUUGUAUGGCCAUUGGGGUGGUGUUUCAGUCGACUGCGCACGCCACGCGGGUCCUGGUUCAGUGUAUUUGCCUUUGUUGCGCUGUGGCUGCUGUUAGAUUGGAUGUCCACCUGGCUGUUCACAGGCUUUCCCUGGCUGCUGCCGGGCUACGCCGGUCUGGACACCCCCAUCCAGAGCCUCGCACCGCUGUUUGGCGUGUUGGGAACAGGCUUGUUCAUGUGUCUCAGUGCUGCAGCGUUGGCGGCGAUGGCGGUAAAUCGUCGAUUUCAGCUCAGCUUUUUUGGUCUUGCGCUGCUGCCCUGGCUGGUCGGGUUUGUCCUGGCGCCGGUUAACUGGGUAACGCCUGAAGCUCAAUAUUCCGCGGCUCUGGUGCAGGGCAAUAUCGACCAGGCGGUGAAAUGGCAGCCUGAUCAGGCAGUACCGAAUGUGCGCAAACAUCUCGAGUUAUCUGCCGACCAUUGGGAUGCUGAUAUUCUGGUCUGGCCGGAAGCCGCGAUUACGCUUUAUCCCCAGCAGGCUCAGGGUCUGCUCGAAGACCUGGCCCGACAGGGACAGGCAACACAAACGGAUAUGGUUGCCGGCAUUCCCGGCGUUGAGAUGGUGGGUGAGGGGCAGUAUGAAUUUCAGAACCUGGCUAUUGGCCUGGGUCGUGCCCGAGGCCGGUUUGCAAAGCAGCAUCUGGUGCCAUUUGGGGAAUAUGUACCGUUGGAGGGGCUGUUACGGGGCUUGAUUACUUUUUUUGAUCUGCCAAUGUCGCGAUCAUCCCCGGGACGGGCGGAUCAGCCGAAUCUGCAGCUUUCUUUUGGAUCUGCGGCAAUGGCGAUCUGUUACGAAAUUGCUUAUCCGGCAAGUAUGCGUCAGCGUGCCAGGGAUGCCGCGGUGUUAAUUACCAUCUCUAAUGACACCUGGUUUGGUGCCAGCAUCGGACCCCUGCAGCAUAUGCAGAUUGCGCGGAUGCGUGCGUUGGAGAAUGGCCGUUGGCUGUUGCGUGCCACGAACAAUGGCGUGACCGCAAUUGUUGCACCUGACGGUACUAUACAGGGGCGCUUACCUCAGUUUGAAGCAGGUGUGCUGCGUGGUUCCAUCCAUGUCAUGAACGGCGAAACCCCAUUUAAAGUGAUGGGGCACUGGCCUGCGCUGGCCUAUGUGUUUGGAGUAUUGUCAUUCGCAUUGUUGCGCCGCUGGAGAAAAUCCGCAAGCACAACAACUUCGCCGCCGUUGGCAGGGUCGUGA